AUGUUCAGCGGGGUAUUAGGGCAAUGUCCAUUCAAGACGCUGACCCGCACUUUUGAUAAGCCUGUCCCGCCUACUUAUAAUGAUGAGAAUGGGGGGUCAAUGGUGAUCGAUUCUAUGCUCUUACAACCGACGCUGCCUCUUCCGUCUCUGCCGCUCCGGCUUAUGCCCCAGUCGGUCGAUGCGGUUCGGAAUCCCAGCCUCGACCUCCACCAAGAGAUCGAUGAACCCGGUAUAGUCGCCGUCAAGCUCGUCAGGAAUAGGAGCGAGUUCCCUCACCUCAGGAAGUACCGUGUUUCAGAGCUUGCUGAUGCGGAUGAAGUCGCCAGGCACAGCCCCAAGCUCAUGCUCUAUCUGUGUCAGAGGGCAAGUCUCGCACAGACUGGUGCCGGGUCUGCAAGGCUCCAUUGCGCACAUAUCGCUUGCCGGUCAUAUGCUGUAGCAAGAACGUGCGAAAGCGGAGCCAUGUCAUCGGCCCAGUGA